UUAUUUACAAUAAUUUUUCUACUGUGGCAACACUUGUGACAGACACAUUGCUUGAAAAAUAGAAUUUAAGACUCACUAAGCGGGCGAAAAACGUUUCCAGGCAACUUGUUUAUUAAAAUAAACUUCAGUUUUGCGUGAAAAUAAAAUUUGUUGUUAAAUUUUAUUAAUUUAUUUGGAGUCACAACAAAAAUAUGACUGAUAACGAUAAAAUUGAAGUUCGCGACAUAACGCGAAUUGAGCGCAUCGGUGCUCACUCGCACAUACGCGGUCUUGGUUUGGAUGAUGUACUGGAGGCUCGUACUGUAUCUCAAGGCAUGGUAGGCCAAAAAGAUGCACGCCGUGCUGCUGGUGUUGUUGUUCAAAUGGUUCGGGAAGGCAAAAUAGCUGGCCGUUGUAUACUAUUGGCUGGAGAGCCCAGUACCGGCAAAACUGCCAUUGCUGUUGGCAUGGCACAGGCAUUAGGUACGGAAACUCCUUUUACCAGCAUGUCUGGGUCGGAAAUUUAUUCGCUUGAAAUGAACAAAACUGAAGCCCUAUCACAGGCAUUACGCAAAAGCAUUGGUGUGCGUAUUAAAGAAGAAACAGAAAUUAUUGAGGGCGAAGUGGUGGAGAUUCAAAUAGAUCGUCCUGCAACCGGCACGGGUCAAAAAGUUGGAAAGGUUACACUGAAAACUACAGAAAUGGAAACUAAUUAUGAAUUAGGCAACAAAAUAAUUGAAUGCUUCAUGAAGGAAAAAAUUCAAGCGGGCGAUGUUAUAACCAUUGAUAAAGCAUCGGGAAAAGUUAAUAAAUUGGGUCGCAGUUUUACACGUGCGCGAGAUUAUGAUGCAACUGGGGCACAGACCCGCUUCGUGCAAUGCCCUGAAGGUGAACUACAGAAGAGGAAAGAAGUUGUGCACACAGUAACAUUGCAUGAAGUCGAUGUGAUUAACAGUCGCACACAUGGAUUUUUAGCACUUUUCUCGGGAGAUACCGGAGAAAUCAAACAGGAAGUACGUGAUCAAAUUAACAAUAAAGUAUUAGAGUGGCGUGAAGAAGGCAAAGCUGAAAUUAAUCCUGGUGUAUUAUUUAUUGAUGAAGUACACAUGCUGGACAUUGAGUGUUUCUCAUAUCUAAAUCGAGCACUUGAAUCUGAUAUGGCGCCAGUUGUAAUAAUGGCCACAAAUCGCGGUAUUACUCGUAUACGCGGUACUAAUUACCGCAGUCCACACGGCAUUCCCAUCGACUUACUUGACCGUAUGAUUAUUAUACGUACUGUUCCAUAUUCUGACAAGGAAAUGAAGGAAAUUCUCAAGAUACGUUGCGAGGAGGAAGACUGUCUCAUGCACCCGGAUGCCUUGUCCAUUUUAACACGUAUUGCUACUGAUACUAGUUUGCGCUAUGCUAUACAAUUGAUUACAACUUCAAAUCUGGUUUGUCGUAGACGCAAAGCAACAGAAGUUACAACUGAGGACGUUAAGAAGGUCUACUCAUUGUUUUUGGAUGAAAACCGUUCCAGUCAGAUACUCAAAGAAUAUCAGGAUGAAUAUAUGUUUAAUGAAAUCGAAGACGACAAGAGUUCUGACGGAGUAAAGAUUGAAGAUGGGAGUGGGGACGGUAACAUUCAACCAAUGGAACACUAAGUUUUUAAAUAAAUAAUUCACAUAUAAAAUGACUUAAA